AACCGGACAGAUCCAGGGAACAACAACUUGGAGCCCCAGGCAGGGGACUGCAGGGAGUGCAAUCAUCUGGCGUUAGGAUCCUUACAUCUGACAAUCUUUCUUGCUCUUUUUUUAAGAUCAUAUAUUCUCGUCCCACAGGUCCGAAAUGGAUCUGUCACAGGCGGAAUGUGUUAUUAAGAAUAUAAUCCGGGAGAUCGCCCAGGAGUGCGCAGAUAGGGGACACUCCAUCUCCGAGACCCUGGUAGCAUUCAUGGUUAAAGCUGUUGUUCUGGAUCCAAGAUAUGAGUUCAACGUGGAUAGAAGACUCACAAAAACUGAUGUCAACAAGCUUAUUAUGAUUUGUGUGGAUAGAUUGCUCGAAGCAGAUCGGCCUUCUCUUGACACAAUCAAGAUGCAAAUAUAUUUUGAUAUGAAUUAUACAAGUAGAGCGGAAUUCCUCGCAGAGCACCGCAGUGUCUUGGAGUCGAGACUGGCUCCCGUGUGCAGAGAAAUCACAGAUUGUCGUGCAAGGUCUCGUGAAGAAUUUGAAUGUCUUUACCGCAAAAUCGUCAGCUAUGUCCUGCUCCAGUCCGGCCUUGGCUCUCCCACCGACAUAGGUGUAGUGAGAGAGGCAACUGCUGCGCUGCAAAGUGUCUUUCCACAGACAGAACUGGGAACCUUUCUUGUUCUCACAAAAAGGGACAAGGAACGGCAGCUGAACGAACUCAACAUGAUUGUCACUGGCAUCCGACUGUUCAACAAAAACUGCAAGAAGGGUGGCGAGGGUAUUGAUGACUUGCCUGCCAUUCUAAAUGAAGCCCUUCCAGCAACCAAGCAGAAUGUCGACUCUGAGCUACAAGCUACUCAGCAAUUAGUUUAUCAUUACACGGCCAUUAUCGAGAGGCUGGAGAAAAGUCGGCAACAAUGCUACGAAACAGAUGGGUUGCACGAUAAGCUGAAGGAGGCCUUAUUCAAUGUGAGACAGCAUGAGAUAUUUCUGUCCAUCAUCAUGACUGAAAUCAUCACAUGUGCUAAACAGGUUGAACUGAUCCAGGAGCAAUUUAACAAGGAGAUGGAACAGUUGAACACUGUGGUUAAGUCAAAGGCAGCAGUACCCACUGCACAAGUUUAUCCUCAUUUUAUUUGUCUCUCCAACCUGUGGAGCCAUUUCCAAGAUGAGAUGGUGCUGCUCAGUGUCUUCAGCAACUUGUUAACCAACCUCGAUCCGUACAUGGGAAGCCACUCACAACUCUUUCCAGAGGGUGUCAUUGGGCCCUUGCUGGAAGGAACGGAUGUGAAAUCAGAUGCGCAGCGACUGAGUGAAGUAUCAGAUGAGAAAAUAAAUCCAUCAGACAUCAAGAAUCGUGAGUGGAUCUUUCCAGACAACACCCUACAUUGUCAACAACUGAUCGUGCAGUAUCGAGGAUUCUGUGCCUACACACUUAGUGCAAGACAUGGUCUCCUUCUGAAAGGCAAUCCAGCUAUUGGGAUUCUUAAAUAUCAAGAAAAAUAUUACACCUUCUCCUCAAAGGAGGCUGCCACCGCUUUUGCUCAAAAGCCCGAUUAUUAUAUUGCUAAGGCAGCGGAGGAAGCCAAACAAUCUCCAGAGCUCAUUCAACUCCUGGAGCUCCAUCAGCAGUUCUCCACAAUUAGUCCCUAUUCACAGCCGGGAAAAUGCAAGAAAGCCAUUGCAAAAUGUGACAGCAGCACACAAACUGAUACUCACAUCCUGGAGCCAAACAUUGUUAGAUCAUAUGAAUGGAAUGAGUGGGAGUUAAGAAGAAAAGCAAUACAAAUGGCAAACCUGCGGCAGAAGGUCACUCGUUACAUGCAGACAACUCUCAGCCACAUGAGAAGAGACAACACUUCCCAAGUCUACCUUCCUAAGAAUAAGGCAGUACAGACAAAACGAGAAAACUCCUGCAACGUGCCCAAGCCACAGGUUUUCUAUGCUGGUCUUCGUGGAGGAAAUGUUACAGAACCUACAAACGUGAUCAAAUUCAACUUAACAAGAGCUGUAGAUGAAACAUAAAACUGAGCUUCCUGCAUCCACAAAAAAACUUUAAUAACCAUUUAUUUUAAUUGUUAAACAUCUGUAUGGCUUUUGAUUGUCAUAUUUAGUAUUAAGCUAGAACAAAAUGAAUAAUUUAAAAAAAUAUGCAGAUCUGCAAUAUUUUGCAGCUCCAAUCUUAUUUCUCAUAUUGAUGUAGAAUUUGUUACGCUAGCAAGCACUAGCACAAAUCUAUGACCUCUUGAAUAAAGUUGAUUAAACGUGUGGAUUAAAAAGAUGUUGGCUGCAGAUUAGGUGUAUUAAAUUCAAGCACAAGGAAAAAUCCUCUGAAAAAUUUUAGUACAGGGACUUGUAGAGUCAUAUACCAUGGAAACAGGCU